AAAGUAGAAAUGUGCUGCGGUAGAUUAAUACUACUAACUUUCUCACAAUUUCUCAGCUUCCAAACACAACCACUACCUAACUACACAAGCUUGCUCAAAUAAAAAAAAUUACUCCGAUUUGAUCAACACACAGGGAAAGAUAAUAAAAAUAGUUUAAGCUAAUUUGAAGUUAAAACUAACAAAAAAAUGAUCGGAGUUGGCAAGAUCAAGCAGUACUCAAAUGUCCUCGACAAACCCCUCAGCAAGGGUAAACAAGAGGUAAGUUUGAGUGCAUUUGCAUUCUUGUUUUCGGAGCUUGUUCAGUACAAUCAAACACAGGUUGAUAACAUUGCUGAACUAGAAAGAAGGCUAGAGAAUGCAGGCUAUGCAGUUGGAGCUCGGGUCCUUGAACUUCUUUGCCACAGGGAGAAGGGAAAUAGAAGGGAAACUAGAUUGUUGGGUAUUUUGUCUUUUGUUCACAGCACAGUAUGGAAAGUGUUAUUUGGAAAAGUAGCCGACUCCCUUGAGAAAGGCACUGAACAUGAAGAUGAAUACAUGAUCAGUGAGAAGGAGCUUCUGGUAAACAGAUUCAUUUCCAUUCCAAAGGACAUGGGCACAUUUAACUGUGGAGCAUUUGUUGCAGGAAUAGUGAGGGGUGUCUUGGACAGUGCAGGUUUUCCAGCUGUUGUAACAGCUCAUUUUGUACCUAUGGAGGGUCAGCAACGACCUCGGACAACCAUAUUGAUAAAAUUUGCCGAAGAGGUACUAAGAAGAGAAGCGAGGCUCGGUUGAUGUCUCUGCCGAUACUGCAAUGGUUUGUUAGUUUUGUCAAUCUUCUUGAUGAAUACACUGUUAAAUAGUGGAUUCUUCAUCUGAUUUAUGAAACACAUCAGGAUUUUCACCUGCAAAUCAAUCACAUUUGACGCAUGAUUAAGUUACUAAUUUGGUAUUAGCAAUUGCUGUAAAGUGUAUGUACUUCUUACUCCAGUGCUUAAAUGAUGAUACAUUGUUUUGGUUAA